CAAAGAGCAACGAGAACAACUUCGACAAUCGUCCGUAAUCUUUGACCACAAUACCGCAGCAAUGCCGGGCCCGUCAAAUACCCUUCUCAUCGAAGGCUCGUUCUCUGAACUUGCCGAAGAAUUGGCUCACUAUCUCGACACCCUCGCCAAAUCCGAAGAAGGCGCUGGCGUCUCAGCAGACGUUGCACAAUUUCUAGACAACAUUCGAGAGUCGGAACAGUCUGAAGAGCCAGUGGACGAGUCGUCAGUGCAACAACAGAAAGAUGAAGUGUUAAAGAAGAUCGUAACCAAGGCCUCCGUCCUCAACUCUGCACCCGAAAGAGAACUCACAGCAGCAUACAACCUCCUCAUAAGCCUCUCACUCCAGUCUCAGAUUUCUGAGCAAUUCUUUGCACGGAUAUGCCAGUAUCUGUCCGAUCAACCGAUUACUUCGUCUCCUACAUACGGCUCCUCUCUUGCCCUUCAGACCCUAUCGACUAUCUUCAACGUCCUACCUUCGGCCAGCGAAGCAAGGUACCAUGUCUUCCUAGCCAUCCUCAAAGUCAUCAAGGCUGCCGCCUCUGCGCAAGUCUUUGAGGCAUUAAUACCACAACUGGAAACCAACAUCCCCAGCUGGUUGUCCGCAUGGCAACUGGACGACGAGGAUGCGCGCACAUUGUACAUGACAGUUGCAGACGUGGCCUCGGCGACCGGGCAUCAGGACCUGCACUACAAAUACCUUCUCGACGCGCUUGAGACAAUCUCGCCAGUCUCGUCCUCCGAGCCCGAGGCUCAAGAUCUCGCGAAACGUACACUUCGCACAGCCCUUACCAACCCGAGUGUGACGGACUUCACACCACUGACUGCCAACGAUGCUAUCCAAGCCCUCCGCAAAUCCGACAGCAACCUCUUUGACCUCCUCGAGAUCUUCUCUUCGGACGACUACUCUUCAUACACAGACUUCCUCGAGACGAAUGACCUCUCCUCCCUGGGCAUACCCGAAGGAAAAGUCGAAGUGCUGAGCAACAAGAUUCGACUUCUCACAUUAGCCAGCAUCGCCGCAUCCUCGACAACCCGAUCAAUACCAUAUUCUACUAUCGCUUCGGCCUUACAAAUCCCCGGCGAGGAUGUAGAGAUGUGGGUAAUUGACGCCAUCCGCACUGGGCUUGUUGAGGGCAAACUCAGCCAGCUCAAGCAAGAAUUCCUCGUUCAGCGCGCUACGUACCGCGUCUUCGGUGAGAAACAAUGGGCUGAAAUUCAAGGACGGUUGAUGGUCUGGCGCCGCAGCCUCGAAACUGUGCUGAACGUGGUCAAAACCGAGAGGGAGCGAUUUGCCCGCGAAGGACCUGGUGGUGGAGAAAGCGGUAUGAACGGAUUCCCAGAUGGCGAGUCGAUGCAGAACCGUGGAGAUAGACAGCGACGACAGGGUGGUGGCGGCCGCGGCGGAAGGGGCGGUCACCACCGCGAGCAGCAAGGACCGAGAGAGGUCGACGCUGUUGGAGGUGGAGACUAGUACUCUCGUCCUUGUGCCUUGAGUUGGUUUGAGUUGGAGCUUAUGAACGCUGUAUGUGCCGAGGUGAGGACUACGAGCAGGUCGAUGAGGGAAUGAACGUCGGAGAUGCCCACAGCACAAAGAAGUGCACGAGCAAGCUGGUUGAGGGUCGCAUUACUUUGCACGGCCCUGGUAUCAUUAUGGCACGGGUUAUACCUCGGUCGUCGAUUACAGUGGCAUUGCUACCAGAUAGCGACUCUAGUUUGUGACAGGUGAUGAAUAUGACCGUAAGAAAACGUAUCCAUGGAAAUCUGUGGACAGAAAAGCAUAGAAUAUCAUUGCGAUUACCG